CAGGAUUGCACCAUCAUCCUGGAAUAUAAAGAAAGGAGGGGGGUAAGGAGAGAACAUUUCCUCUAAGACAGGCCAAGAUGAGGAGCUGGUGGCUGUCUCUGCUGCUCGUCUCUGCUGUCACAUUACACGGCUGUCUCUCUGACACUGCAGAGCCUGAUGUCCAAGAUGGAAGAUCUAUAGGAGACAUCAUCGACCUCUACAACCAGAAGGAGGGGGUCACAUACUUAUAUAAAUUCCUGGACCAGCUGCCCCCUGUUCCAAUGGAGGAAGAUGAAAAUCCGAACAGAAGAGGCUUUAUUAUUAAAGAGACGGUGUGCCUCAAAACCGAGAAUCCUGAUUUAGUCCAGUGUGAUUUCAAGCCCGACGGAGAUGUAAAGAUCUGUUCUCUGGAUUUGGGUGAUGAGGAUCCUGAGGAUAUAAUGUGCACCAGUCUGAACAAGGAUCCAGGAUCGGUGAUGUACGCUUCACUCCUGCUGCACGAUAAUACAAGAGCAGGGAGCAGUCUGUGCACAGAGGGGGAUAACGUGUCCUAUGUAGGGGAGUGGAACAUGACUAGUAUGCAGGAGAAGAGCUGUGGGGAAACAGGACCCAGGGAAUACAGGUAUAAAAUGGGUAAAGAGAGCAGAAAGGAGGUCCGUGUGAAGCGGUCCAGCAGAAGGAGACCAUGCAGGGGGAGGUCCUGCAGGCCGCGGCUAACAGGAGGUUAUACUCUUAUCGGCUUUGGCUUACCCGGUAAAAAACAAAACAGACCUAACUACAUGUGGGUGUAAAGAUCUGCAGUCAACGGUGGAACGAGAUCUGAGAUUGUGGCUUAUGACAAGCACAUUACUGUUAUAAAGCUUUACUAGUUAUUAUUAUCAGUUGCGAGGUGGCACAUUGCGAAUCCCUCCUUACUUCUCCUGACCUCUCCCAUCUUCACUCUGGUCCGUGGAGGAGAGAUGUUAGGAGUUUCAGCUUGCUAUGAGAUCAGCCAUGUUCUGUCUGUGGAACGUUCUGAAUGGAUACAAUGUUACAAAUAAACGUAGCA